UUCCAGCAGCUGGUGCCCCUGCUCUGGGCUGGGAUCAUGGAGCUUACCCUGCUGUGUGCACUCCUGGUGUUUGCUGGUGUGACGCCCAUCCAGGGUGGGUUUCUGAACCUCAACAAGAUGGUCAAACAAGUGACCAAGAAGACACCCCUCAUGUAUUGGUCCUAUGGCUGUCACUGUGGAAUCGGUGGCAAAGGCCUACCCCUAGAUGCCACGGACUGGUGCUGCCACGCUCACGACUGCUGCUACCAUCACCUGCGGCUGCACAACUGCCGCUGGCAAAUGGACCAUUACAGCUACAACUUUUCCCAGGGGGCCGUCGAGUGCUCUGACAAGGGGAGCUGGUGUGAGCAGCAGCUGUGCGCCUGUGACAAGGAGGUGGCCUACUGCCUGCUGCGCAACCUGGGCACCUACAAUAAAAAGCUGCGUCUCGUCCGAUUCUUCAGGUCCCGCUGCAAGGGCCACACUCCCAUGUGCUAGAAGAAGCCUGCCCAGCUGUCCCACACGCCCUGCCGGGUCCUUGGAAGCCACCAGAUUGCUGACACCCCUGCCCCAGAAGCAGCUAACCCCCUGAACCAGCCUGGCUCCUUGAACAUACUCCCAAGAAGGGGGGUUCUCGGCCUCUCCCCCAUCACUUACUUUGCCUCUUGGACCUUCUAAAUCUUCCCAACUUUGACAGCAGCGGUCUCCUUUGAGGGUGGACUGAGAUUGUAGGACAAGCCAAGGCCAGGGAGCCCCAGGGGAUGGUGCGUGGGCCAGAGCAGCAGGUGCGGAAGGCGCCUGGGCCGAGGUGCAUCCUCCCUGCCACCGCCCCUCACUCCGCAGGCCUCCCCGCGCAGCCUCUCUCCUCCGGGGCCCUGUCCAAGACACAGCCCGAGCGGCCUCUCUAAACAGCAGCAUUGAUCUUUCUGUCCUUGUGACUCUACUUCUUAAAACCCCACGGCCCUC